AUGUCUGGUUCAAAAGAAGCAAAGACAUCUGAAAUCAACAGUUAUCCGAAGCCCUUGGUAGACGAGUUGGAAAAGCUGUAUACCAGCAUCAAGAUCAAGACAAAUGACUGCCCGCAUGGUACUUCUGUUCAUGCUGCCCUCCUCAUGGUUGCUUGCGACAUUCCCGCUGCUAGGAAAGUGUGUGGAUUCACAUCCUAUACGAGUACUAAUGUACGUCCCAAGUGCUCCCAUCAAUUCUCUCAAUUAGCUGGAAAAAGUUCUGAUGCUGAGGUCUGGAGAAAUGCAACUACUCAAACUGAAAGACAUUGUCUUGAAGUAGAAAAUGGUGUUUGCUGGUCUGAACUGCAUCGUCUUCAAUACUUUGAUGCUGUUUGCUACACAAUCAUUGAUCUAAUGCACACUCUUCUUGGGCACUGCCAAAAGAAUGAUGGAGAAAUGGUUGUUGAGAAAAUGGUGUUGCUGCUGGAUUACACCGUAUUGAAGACCAAGAUCGCAAAGGGAUUCCCUUUCAUAAAGGCAGACGAGUGGAAGUUGUGGUGCCUCAUAUACUCUCCAGUUGUGCUGAAAGAUGUCUUGACACCAAGAAUGUAUAAAAACUGGAUAUUUUUUGUGGACACGUGUCAGCAACUCAAUUUUGAAAUAACAUAUAUGAAAGCCUUCAUUGAAGAUACUUGGAAAGGCAAUAUUGUUUGUGAUUUGUUGAAGACAGCAAACCCAUUUGAUUGCUCCAGCAUUUUCAGCAAAUCAGUAAAUACACUUAGUAAUACUGUUUCCCACAUAAAUACAACAGACAUUUACAAUAUAUUCUCUCUUCUGGAUUUUCUUGAUGCUGCAGAAAACCCAUAUCUGUCAAUUUGUGGUAACGAGCCCUUGCCUACAUCCACCCUUCCUCUGAAAAAAAACUUUCCAAACAAUGCCAAGACAGAAAUACAAUUGUUUGGUCAGGUCUUCAAAAGAUGUAAGGGAACAAACAGGCGUGGAUCUUAUGUACAAGCUAUGCUUAUUGAAGGGCGAAAUGGAGCAAAGUACAUGUAUGUUGGUGAGAUUCAGUAUCUAUUUGUUCAUUCAUUUAGUCCACUCGUUUCAACUCCGCAUCACGGAAACCUCCAAAGUAGCCAGCAUACAUUUGCAUACAUAAAGUGGUGCAAGACUUCGCAAGUAACAAGUAGACAACUUGAAGGUGUGGAAGUUUGGGAUCCCGCAUUUUCUGCACCUGAUUUCCAAAGCAUAUUGCCUGUACAUUGCUUUCUCCUUCCUGUUGCAAUUGUAGACUUCCAAACAAAACAAAAAGUCAAUAAGAAGCUUAUAAUUCCUUUACCUAGAAAAAUCAAUUCCUAA